AUGUUGCUGUUCUUUCGAUGUCCGUGGUUUUUAAUAAGUUUCCUUGUGCCGUGUCAUUGCAGCUUAAAACUGGGCUUCUCUAAACUUCAGCGAGGACACAGACUGGACAGGAAACUGAUCCAGACAUUCACAGAAGUCAGUUUCUUGGACUGUGUGACGGAGUGUAUGGUGACACCACGGUGUAAAUCAGUCAACUAUUUCAAAGGGGCUAAUUACUGUGAAAUCAAUUACGAAAACAAGGCGACAGCGGAGACAAGGUACAUGGACAAUGCUGGAUGGGUGUACAGUGAAAAGGAGCAUUGGCCAAAGGAACUGGCCGGAUCCUGUUCGAACUCAACCUGUGAAAUCAACCAGACAUGUAAACACAAGAGAUAUUCUGAGGACAAAUUCUUUGAAUGUGUUUUGUCAGAUUGUGGAAUUCCCGAUAAAAAAGGAAUAGAUCUGAGUUCAAUAAAACGUGAGGACGCCAUUGGUAUACACAGGAGAAUACAUGCCUCGUGUUCUGACGGAUACUCCCAGUCUGGUUCAGGACGGCUGAACUGUCAGUCAAACGGAGAGUGGAGAUACGACAUUGUCUGUACAGAUAUUGAUGAAUGUCUGAGCAACCCAUGUCAGAAUGGUGGAACGUGCAUUAACAACGAUGGAUCUUUCACAUGUAUGUGUCCAGAUGGUUGGAGAGGGACACUUUGUAUUCAAGUUCUGCAGAAUAUCGCAUUAGAAAAGUCUGCCAAACAAUCAUCAACGAAAUCUGACCAUGACGCCGCGUAUGCAGUGGAUGGCAACAGAGGAACAAACUUUCUUGUACACAGGUGUACACACACAGCUGAUGGCGACAAAUCUCCCUGGUGGAGGGUGGAUCUGCAGGCUGUGUAUUACAUUAUAUUUGUCAGAAUACUCAACAGAGGAAUAGAUAAAUACGGAAAUGUUUCAUUCCGGCUGCAGGAUGUUACUGUCACCGUAGGUCUGAAAGAAUCAGACAUCAGCACUCCCUGCGGUUUCUUUGUUGGUCCCGGCACUGCGUCACAGCUGGUCGUCAUCGAUUGUCCGGCAUCAACACAAGGGAAAUACGUAAAGAUCUCCAAGACAACUGAAGCCCUCACUCUUUGUGAAGUUGACGUGUAUGGCGUUCCUGUCUUAUCAUCAAAUGAUUUGGUGUGAUAGAUGAAAAGUAUAAAAAUACAUGCAUUUGUUUGGGCAUCCCGGAUAAUUUAUUAUGUAUCUUAUUUUUUUAAUUCAGCUGGACAAGUCGUACUUAUGCCUUCAGUUAGUUCAAGCGUACAUGAAUCUUUUACAACAAAACCAAAGCAUACAAUGUAACAAAGCACUGAAAUCGUAUGCCACUGCUUUGGAAUCCGAUACCAUAACAUAUAAUCUUAUGAAUGCCAAUCCUCAUAUAUCAUACCAAAGCAUAGCAUACAGCAUGAUUUAACUCGCUUUUAAAUGAUUUUAUUUUAGAGAAAUAAUGUUCACAUUACAGAACAGUGGUGAGUUUUAGCUUCUUUUCAUUUUAAUUCAAAUGUGUUGAACUCUUUUGUAUACAGAGGCGUUUCCGUGCAAAUAUCAUAGCAUACAAUAACACAUUUUAUCAUUAAGCCUUUCAUUUCAAAUUUUCAUAGCAUAUUAUUAUAUAAGUAUAGCAUAUCAUA